AAGAAUUGUGUCAUCUCACGAUACGAUGUCCAAGAGGAAAGAUUUAACAACCAGAAGUGGAAGAUGGGAUGGAAGGCGCGGCGCGCGGGAAGUAACAGUGCCAGAGUGACAGCUGUCUGCCCGCUGCAGACGGAUGCCUACCCCAAAUCCUAGCGCAUUGUUAGCGCAGUGCCUCCGCCAUCUGAUCUCCGUCGAGUCCAGUUCCAAUGCAACCUCUCAACAACCUUUCGAAUUUCCAUUACCACCAUUGGUGACCUUGUCCUUUUCUCGACCCUCGUCGGGUACACACACAACAAGAACCCAUGUUCGACCACCCCGACCACCUCUAUCACCCCGUCCUACCCUAUCAGAUCCGCCCGACAUCACCACGUCCAGACUUCUUCCAGCAUGUCGCACCCAAAGAGGUUGUUUACCGUCGCACACACCAUGGCGGCGGCAGAGCCUCCUUAGAGGUAGCAUUCGAGGUCCAAGUACGUCGUCGUCACAACUGAUAUUGCUGCGCCCCCCUCCUAAACCUCUUCUGUUUCUUACAAUAGUGACACUGAUCACCCUCUCUUUUCUUGCUCCAGGUCAUGUCUGUUACAUAACAGAGUAGCAUCCCCUUCCGUCAGGCUUCGCUUGCCUCUUCGCUCCUACGAUUCAACGACACCAACAACAACCACGAGACCACCAUCACGUCACGAAUACAGUCAUACCCAGACACGGUCACUGCUA